UCUGAUCCUAUCUGUCCUCAUGUGAGUGACCGAGUGACUGGGAGGGGACUGCUGGCUGGGCUUUGAUGAUGGCUUCGUCUUCCUCCUGCCGCCAACCAGCUGCCCUGCUUCAUCUGAUCCCAUCACCGUCUCAUCUCUGAUCUCUCUCUCCGCCCAGGCGGCUGCUCCUGCUCACUGCACUAGUACGGCACGAGAAGGGAGGGACAUGAGCGGCGAGGAGGCCGCCGACAAGGGAGGGGGCUACGGCACCUUCCAGGGCCCGCCCAGCUACCCGCCCCCGCGCCCGCCGCCCCUCGGCUUCCCCCAGCCCGUCCCGCCGCCAGCCCUCUCUGCUGCCCACCACCGCGCCGCCUACCACAAGGCCGCCGCUCCUCCCGCUCAAGAUUACGAAUCAGGUGUGCGUGGACACGGUCAUGACCGCCUCCCCUGUUGCGGCAUCGGUUUUGGCUGGUUCCUGUUCGUAAUCGGCUUCUUCCUUGGUGCUAUUCCCUGGUAUGUUGGAGCCAUUCUGCUCUGCUGUUCCACAGUGGACCACAGGGAGAAACCAGCCUAUGUCGCAUGCACAAUAGCCGCAGCCCUCGCUACAAUUGCUGUGAUCAUUGGGGCGACUGCUGGAGCUCACGUUUAUUGAUUCUUUUUUUUUUUACACUGUGUUGUCAUUGUACAUAAUGCAAAGUAUUAUGUAUGCGCAAAAAAUUUGUAUGAUGUCAUCUCCAAUUCUUCAUUAUUGUAAUGGCUCAUUGUUUUGCAUUUCGAUUCUUAAUGUUUAAAAAGGAGGGGGGGAUCCUUGUUCGUGGUCAUAAAUAAAUCAGACUGAGAUGACUUCGCCUUGUGAACGUGGAACAAUUUGAGUCUGGAAAGAGAUUGAAAGUAUGUAUUGGUUUUACAAUUAUUAUCCGUUGAUUAAGAAGUUGUAACCAGGGUCCUGGUAACCGCA